AUGAGGCUGUGCAAUGCUUUGAUUCACUAUUUUUUAUUUACUAUUUUCCUCUCUCUACGUAUUUCGAAUUGUUAUGGUCAUGAACAUCAUAAUCAUGUCGAUCCAGUGACAACGAAAUAUUCUCAGUCAGCUGUCACUAUUGAUCCUCUUAGUACAAAUAUAGAAACUGCGAAUAUUCACAAGCAUCAUGAUGAUGAACAUUUACAAGAUACAAUUGACGCUCGUCUUCGGACGAAACAUGAUUUGAGACAAUCAGUUCAUCAACAUAGUGAUGAUGAUGAUCAUAUACAUGAAAAUGAAGAAGAUUAUAUCAAUCGAUUAAAUUCAGCUUUAGAAGAUAAUUAUGGAAAUGAAUUUCAAUUUGAACAAGUCGCCCCACCUCUAGCAGAUCCUAUUAACAAUAUACAAUUACAAAAUCAAACAAAAGAAGAUGUUAAAAUACCACCCCAUAUACACAAAGAAACAACAUCAACUCUUUCUCCAUCGAUACAGAUACCAUCGGAACAAAAACAAUACAUCAAUGAUGAAUUACAAUUAACAGAAAAACCACAUAUAAUUGAAAAUCAAAAAUACAAUCAAAAUAUAGAUGAAAAUUCCAACCCAAACGUAGUUGUAGAUGAAAUUAUUUCUUCGAGACAUUUACAAACUGAUGAAGAGGAAUCAACAGAUAUUUAUCCACAAAAAAUAAUAAAAGAAGAUAUUUUAUAUCUUAAUAGUGAAACUAUAUCAUCAACAAAAUUACAUCAACCAGUAGAGAUACCGAGUCAUACAAAUUCUGCACCUGAUUCCAUUCCUUCUACUCCAAUUCAACACCCACCAAUUUCUAAUACAAUUAAAAGCGAAAUAUCAAAAGAUGACAUUUCGAUCGAUAUUAAACCAUCAUCUCCAACACCAUUACAAUCACAAGACAUAAAAUAUGAAACAAAACAAAAUAUGAAUUCAUUCGAUCGUCAUUCAGAUGUAUUGCAUCAAACACCUGAAGUAAUAGUAAAUGAUAAUUCAUUACAUCUUAAUUCAGAAUCACAACGAAUAAGCGAUUCAAUACAUAUUAUAAGUUCAAUAGAUGAAGAUCUGCCAUCUUCAACACCAUCAAAACAUAAUCAUGAGCAUCAACAAAUUACUGAUUCAAUACAAAAUGUUAGUGCACCAGAGCAACAACAAGAAAUACCAUCAGUACAUGUAGAUCAACGAUCAUCGCAAGUGAACGAUAGGAGAUCAGAUGAUAUUCAACCUAUACAACAAAAAGAAUCUUUAAAUUCUGCUCAAAUACCAUCAUCAUCACCAACAACACCAACGACAAGAAUCCUACGUUCAGCAUCGUCAAGGAUGCAUCAAAAAGUUCAUACACGUCAUCGUCAUGGUCAAUCAGAUCAAGAACCAAUCAAAACACAAUCAGAAACAGAAAAUAUUUCAUCAACAGAAAAUAUAAAUAUCGAACCAACAGUAUCAUCAACAACCAUAACAGUUACUGAACAACCUAUCGAAACUAUUCAACCACCGACAAUCGAUUUUAAUAUCAAUACUAAAGCCGAAACUCAAAGAACUAACGAAAUUGAAACACAAACUGACGAUGAAAACGUGACAGAUAUCGAUAAUAUACCUGAAACACAUAUAGAUAAUCAAAAUUCAAAACCAUUUGACACCACCGAUCUUCCACGACAAGUACAUGUUCAUGAUCCUACCAUCGUUCUCAAUGAACUAAAACAAGAAUUAAAUCAAAACGAAGAUCUUUCUCUUGAUCAAGAAGUGGAAAACAGCACAACUGUUGAUUCAUUUCUUGUUAAUGAUCAUAGUCCACAUUUACCACGUAUACAUGAAACUGAAGAAACUAUAACACAUCUUACUCCAACAAUUGAAGAGACUAAUGAGAAAAAUUCACAUGAUUCAAAAACCGACGAAUUAACAUUAAAAUCAAAUAAUAGUGAUAAAAUGUUACCUAUUGAAUAUCGACAAGUUUGUUGGCAAUUACCAAAACCAUUUGAAUCCACUUUUGGAAUAGUAGAAAAUAAACUAUUAGGUUUCAUUAAUUUGUUACCCGAAUAUAUUCAAUCAAUCUUUUUUGGAGCUUCAAAUGAUCGUGAAAAAUUAAUGAAUACAAUGUGGUUUAGUUUUAUAUGUUCAAUAUGUUUUUUCUGUAGUUUUAUUUUUCUUUCAAUGGGUGCUAAACGUUUAAAACAAAGUAAAAAUGACAAAGAAAUUCGUGCUCGUUGUCAACAACUUCAACAAUAUAACAAUCAAAUUGAACUUGAACGUGCAACAUUUGAAAGACAAAAUCAAAAAUUAUCAGAUGAGAUUGAUGAAUUAAAAAAUCUACCUAUUCGUGAUACAGAUGAAGAAAUCUUUGAAUUACGUGAAAAAUACGAACGUCUUCAUGCUGAUUGGCAAAUUUCCAGAACCGAAUAUGAUACUCUAUUCAGAGAUAAUGAUUACAGACAAAGUUUAAUACAAAAACAUGAAUUUGAUAUGCAGAAACAAGUUGAAAACGCAGCAACUUUAAAUGAUGAAAAUCUUCGUCUGAAACAAGAAUUAGAAAAAGAACGAGAAACAAUAGCACGAUUACAAUCAAAUGAUCUUUCAUUGGAACGUUUCGAAAAAUUACAAGAAACUAUUCAACUACUUAAAUCAGAAAUUUCUCAACUCAAACAAGAAAAAUUCACUCAAACAGAUCAAUUACAACAACUUCAAGAACAAGCUAAUCAAUUAGAUAUUGAUAAUAAUCAACUCACUAUCAAAAUGAAACAACUGAAAGAUCUAAUUGAACAAAAAGAUGAAACUAUCACUCGUAUGCGUCAAAAAAUACUGAAUAAUCAUGAUGAUGAUGAAGAUGAAACAACAGAAAAAGAUGAUUUACUUUCAAAAGUAUCAUUAGAAGAAAAUAUCGAUAACAAUUCACAAGAAUUCUUAUCAAAUAUUGAUAAUGAUGUUGAAAAAGCAAAUCAACAUAUGCGUAAUUUACAUUCAGAAAUUGAUGAAAAAACUCGUCGUAUCAAAGAACUUGAUCUAUUACUUAAUCAAGAAAAAGAUCGUUGUCGAGAAGUGGAAACAAAACUCAAAGUUGUUUUAGAGCUUCGAGAACGAGAUGCUCAUUUACAUAUUCGACAACUAGGACAAACUGAUGCUGAACUUCGAAAGGCAAGAACAGAUACUGAGCGUGUUCGUAUUUUACAACAACAACUUCAAUUAAAAGAACAACAAUUAGAAGAUGUUCAAAAGGUGUUAAAUAGUGAACAAACAAAGUUUAGUGAAGAAUGUAGUAAAUUACAACAUGAAACACAUGAAAAAUGGAUGGAAGUGAAGCGGUUAGGUCGAGAACUUGAUGGAGCGCGAAAAGAAUGUGAAGGUCUUCGAAGACAAAUAACUAAAUAUGGUAACAGUGAACGUUCAUCACAAGAGAAAACAAUGUAUAAACCAGUACCACAACAUCUAUCUAAUAAUACUGGUGGUCGAGUAUCAAGUGACCCAGAAACUAAUGGAAGCUCUCCACCAAUUCCAAAUCAACAAGGAGAAAAUUUUAGACCGAUCGGUCAUGAACGUAACGACUCGGGUGCUGCUAGUCCAUCUGAAAUGUUCAGAAUUCGUCCACCACUAUUUACCAUGCAACGACCUCCAUUCUUUCCUCCACCGUUUAUGCCUCCUCCACCACCAAAUCCAUUUAUGAUGGGUGCACGAUUUCCAAUGCCACCAAUGGGUGGUCCACAUGGAUUGAUAUCACCUAUUCCACAUAUAAUGACAAAUGGUAGUGGUGCUGGUAGUGAUACAAAUAGUUUUGAAAUUGUUGACCCAUCUAACAUCACGCCGAAUUCGACUACUUAUGAUGCACAAGUUAAUGGAUCAGCUAUCUCACCUACACCCGAUGGCGAACAACAAGUGUCCGCUAAAGUAAAAAAACCAAAAAAAACUCUGAAAAAAAAGACUAAAACUUCCACAACAACAAUAGCGCCGGGAACGAAAGAGGACGUAUGA